AUGGAAGAUAAUAACACCGCCGCCCAAAUGCCAGAGUUCUGUGUAAACAACUGUGGUUUUUAUGGCAAUCCUAUUUACAAUCACAUGUGCUCGAAAUGCUUCAAAGAAUCAAAUCCAAAGGUUGGUCAAAGUAAUGUUAGAUUGACUGAUUCGCUCGUUCCAAUACUACUCGAUAUCUGUUUCACAGCUGAAAAAACCAUCGAGCCUUCUAUGCCAGCGACAGCUGCUCCAUCGACAACGAUGUCAACGACUCAAUCUACAUCGUCGACAUCAACGUCAUCGACACCAACAUCGAGCGUCUCCAGUUCUGUGAUGAUGAUGGUUGAUGAUCCGCUUGUUUCGCCGGCUGUCAAUAAAAUCGGAGAAACUCCUCCCACACGGCCAGUACAAAAGAAUAAAGCAAGAUGUUUCUUGUGUCGAGCAAAAAUUCCACUUGCUAAGCAAACUAUUAAUAAAUGUCGUUGCGAAUAUGUUUACUGCGACAUUCAUAAAAUUCCAGAUAAGCAUGACUGUGACUUUGAUUUUGCCAAAAUGGGUAAAGAUAUUCUAACCAAGAAUAAUCCAAAAUUGAACGAAGUGCAUAAAGGAGGUCGUUCAUUUAAUAGAAUUGAUUAA